AAAACAUCAUAUGAUCACUGACUAACGGUGACUUACUCACUGUUACGCUAACAGGGACUUCCUCAUUAGAAGAAUAUAAGAUGCUUUUCUUGUGUUUAUCGUUAUUUUUGCUGCAAUCAAGAGUCGCGAACAUGGCGUGCUGCGGUGGACUCUCUGAGGUUUUAGAAGCAGAUGAAAAAGUCCAGACGAUCUGUGACGCUAUGAAGCCCGUGGCUGAAACAAGGACAGGGACCAACUACGUCGUGUUCACAGCCAAGUCGUACAAGACGCAGCUUGUGGCCGGGACCAACUACUUCAUUAAGGUCCAUGUGGGAGGAGAAGAAUAUGUUCAUCUCAGAAUUUACAAAAAACUGCCAUGUUAUGGAGGAACCCUUGAGCUGACUGAGAUACAGCAAGGCAAAAGCCACGACGACCCCAUUGAGUAUUUCUAAAGGGAUCACAAACCAAACAAAGCAUCAUAUCAGUGCCUACAGGCUGUUCAAUCAACUAAUCUCACAUUAACCCAGCUCUGUAUUAAACAAUGUUACCCAACAUCUAAUUGUAUACUGUCUUAGUAGUGAAGCUCAUGAUGUUAGGAGAACGUCAAAUCUUUUUUGUAUGCCGUGAAUUUAUAAAAGAUAAUUUAAUAAA